AUGGCAGGUUCUAAUCCUCGGCUCCUGAACGCCAUAUUCUCAGUAACAAGACCAAAGCUCACAACAUGUCGACAAGUAUCGAAACAAGUACGAAGAAGGCUAAAUACGCAGCCAAAAUCUGGCAAGACAGCAGAUGAUCCCGAAUUCGUGUCGAUAGUCGACGCCCCAGCACAAGUCAUUUCAACCAGACGCAAACACAACAAGCUGGGUCUCGCUGUCCUAGCUCUGAUACCUAUUACAGCUCUCGCGCUAGGAACAUGGCAGGUGCAGAGACUGGACUGGAAAACGAAACUCAUUGCGAAAUUUGAAGAUCGAUUAGUUCGACCACCUCUACCACUACCACCUCGAAUCGACCCUAGUGUCAUUGAUGAGUUCGACUACAGGAGGGUAUAUGCGACUGGUACUCUGAAACAUGAGGCUGAGAUGUUGGUCGGACCUCGCAUGCACGAUGGAAAAGAUGGGUUCUUUGUGAUAACGCCACUGGAAAGAGAAGGAGGGAGUACAAUACUGAUCAAUAGAGGCUGGGUGAGUAGGGAGCGUCGCUUUCAGCAGGAUAGAGACCCUUCUUCAUUGCCUCGUGGCGAGGUAACGAUAUCAGGACUGCUAAGAGAGCCUUGGAAGAAGAACGUCUUUACCCCAGACAAUAACCCUCAACAAGGCAAGUUCUAUUUUCCAGAUGUCGCGCAGAUGGCCAGGUACUCUGGAAGUGAACCAAUAUGGAUUGAAGAGACUAUGGCUCCAAGUCUCCUAGAAAGCUAUAACAGAGAAGAAAAAGGUAUUCCCAUUGGGAGACCGGCCGAGGUCAAUUUGAGGAACAACCAUGUUCAAUACAUUGUCACCUGGUAG